AUGCCUAUUAACGAACAAAGUCGAACAAUAUUUGUAAAAAAAUCAUUUUUAACACAAUCAUCUUCAUCGUCAUCUAUUCGUCAAGUAGGAGAUAAACAUCAUUCAUAUUCAUGUUCAUAUUGUUCAAAAUUAUUUUCUUCACCAAGUCAUUUAUCUCGACAUAUUCUUAUACAUACAGGUGAAAAACCUUGUCUUUGUUCUGAAUGUGGUCAACAAUUUAGUCAAAUAUCAUCAUUAGAACGUCAUCAACGUACAAAACAUGAAAAAGAUAAAAAAUUUAAUUCAUUAAAUCAACAUUUAUAUCAAUGUAAACUUUGUCAUGAAUAUUUUUCAUUAAAACAUAAUUUAAAAAUGCAUGAAAAAAAAUUACAUCAAAUACAAACAAAUUUUUUUUGUAAUAUAUGUUCAGCUUAUUUUACUUGUAAUUCAUCAUUACAAAAACAUCGAAAUUUUCGUCAUCAAUCAUUAAUUAAAAAUCAAGUAGAAAAUAAUAAAAUUCAACAAUCAAUCAUAUCUAAUGAUAUAUCAACAAUUAAACUUAAUAAUGUGUCAGAGAAUUGGACAUUAACAAAAAAUAAUCAACUUGAAUCAACUACAAAUAUAUUCGAUUCAUCAACAACAUCGAAUUCUUCAACAGAUGAACGAUCAUCAUUUUUUUCUACGGAUAUAUCUUCAACUAAUAGUAAUAAUUUAUUUAAUAGCAAUAAUACAAAUAAACAUUCCUAUGAACAACAACAAGUUCAUUAUCAAAUUCUUAAAUGGAAUGAAAUAAAUUAA